AUGAUAUUAACAAACGUGCAGAGCCAUAUCCUUUUAGAUAAAAUAAUAGAUUGUUUUCUGACACCUGUAAAGACUGAUGUUGAAAAUGAUGCGUUAUCAGAUGGAGAAAUACCUGACCAAAAACCUCAAGAAAACAUAGUAUUAUCAGUUCCUUAUGAGAGGCCUAGAAUGCCUAACUGUCAGUGGUUGAUUGCUCCAAAUAAAUGCGCUAUAGAAAAACCACAAAAUCGAUCUAGUUCUCCUUCUCAAGUACAAAUGGCAUCAUCUGAAAUCGAGUUACGGUCGGACAUUAAAAUUCAUUACCAAUCUGAAACAAUACGUCAGCCACAAUCUAGAAAUCUGAACAGACCUCGGUCUAAUUCUCCAACUCCAAUACAAUUUGGACAAUUUAAAAGGUCUCCGUCAAAUCCUCCUAUUCCAGUACAAUCUAGACAAUUCAAAAAUUCUCCAAUUAAUGUUCAUACUUCAGUACAAUCUAAACAUUUAAAUUGGUCUCCUUCUAAUUCUAAUAAUCCGACACAAUAUACAGUAAGCAAUAGGCCGCGAUCUAAAUCUCAAGAUCAACAAAAAUGUGCUACUAUAAGUAUGAAUUCCUCUGAGACAAGACAUCGGCCAAAGUAUAGAAAUCAUAGUAGGUCUCCGCUUCGUUAUCGAACUCAACAUGGGCGUAGAAAUAGAUCGCGUUCUAGAUCAUACGAUGAAGAAAGAUUUGAUUCUAAAAGUACGAGUUCGUAUACAAAGAAACAAUCUAGAAUGAGAAAAAAGUCACAAUCCAAAUCACCAAAUCGGAAAGAAAAUAUAACUAAAAAUCAGUCUUUAUCAAAUAUAGAACUUCCAUCUAGAUCUUCAAUACAAGUAAACGACAAUAGAGAUUAUCAUAAAACUUCACGCUAUACAUCUCAGAGAACGGGAAGACCAGUGACAAAGAGAACUCUAAGACCAAUGAAAAAGAAAACUCCAAAACCCAAAAUGAAACCAGAGAUUAAUGCUGGUAUGAUGCCACCAGCUCCACAAGAUCCAUAUCCACCAAGACCAUUUUUCCACAAUCCACUCAAUGCUGCACCGAUGUACUACCCGCCACCAACACGUAUGCCUCGAUUAAUACGUCCACCAUAUUUUAUACCACCACGACCUCGUAUACCGUUUCCACCAGCAUAUCCAAGAAUGUAUAGACCACCUUGGCCGCCUGUGAAUCCUAUGGAUGCUCAAUGAAGAAAUUUAGAGAAUCCAUUAAACAUUUU